GUCACCAGCCGCGCGAGAGAGAGGAUGGCGCACCGUGACCUCCUGGAACAAUGUCUCGUGGAUUUACACCGGAUCGGCGUGGUCAAAUUUGGCAACUUCACCUUGAAGAGCGGCAUGCAGUCCCCGAUCUACUUCGACCUGCGCAUGAUCAUCUCCUACCCGAAAAUCAUGGAGACGGUUGCCGAACUCAUGUGGGCCAAACGACCAAACCCAGACUAUGACCUGGUUUGUGGGGUGGCCUAUACGGGGUUACCCAUUGCAACCGUAAUUUCCACCAAACAGGAACUUCCGAUGCUGAUUCGGCGCAAGGAGAGCAAAGGCUAUGGAACCAAGAAGCUGGUGGAAGGAAAUUACGAAGAAGGCCAGAACUGCCUCAUGAUUGAGGACGUUAUCGUGUCCGGUAGUUCGGUGUACGAGACCCUAGAGACCCUGAAGGAACUGAACUUGAAAGUGGACGAUGCCAUUGUUUUCCUCGACCGAGAACAAGGAGGAGCAGCAAACUUGGCUUCCAUGGGGGUCAAUGUCAUCUCCGUUGUUACUAUGACCCAGAUGAUGGGAAUCCUUCUGAAACAUGGGUGCAUCAACCAAGCGACUUCAGAAUCGGUUUUGGAAUUCGUUGAGUCACACAAUGAUACGUCGAUCGUCACAAAGGAGAAAUCCUCGUGUAAAAACGGAAUCGAUGUCAUGGACCGCAAGAAGAGAUCCUUUGAGUCACGAACCAGUGUCACCAACCACCCCCUGGCCAGGAAGCUCUUUGAGAUCAUGUCAUCCAAGAAGACUAACCUCUGUGUCGCUGCCGACGUCACCACCUCCAAGGAAUUGAUAUCCCUGGCAGAGAAGGUCGGUCCUCACAUAUGCCUGCUCAAGACCCACAUCGACAUCUUGACAGACUUCAGCAAGGAAACGGUUGAGAGCUUAAAGGAACUCGCAGCAACGCACAACUUCAUGCUUUUUGAAGACAGGAAGUUUGGAGAUAUCGGCAGCACAGUAGCCAGUCAGUACUCGGGAGGCGCCUAUAACAUUGUUGAUUGGGCUGAGCUUGUUACAGUACAUGGCCUGCCUGGUGAUGGCAUUAUCAAAGGGUUGAUGUCGGCUAUAAAUGGUCGACCUCGGGGUUGUGUUCUUGUCUCCGAAAUGAGUUCGUCGGGAGCUCUCACGUCGCAGGAGUACGUCAAUGGCUGCUGCAAGAUGGCCCAGAACCACACCUACUUCGUGAUUGGCUUCGUGUCGCAGAGCAACGUAAGCAGCGACCCACGAUUCAUCCUAAUGACACCUGGGGUUCAACUUGACAAGUCUGUUGAUGGGCUUGGACAACAGUACGUGACUCCACGAGUAGCAGUCCUGGAGCGAGGGGCCGACGUUGUCAUUGUGGGCCGAGGCAUCAGAGAGGCAGAGGACCCGGAAGCAGCAGCAAUAAAGUACAAAGAGGAGGCUUUUUCAGCUUACUUGGAGCGCAUUGAGGCCCAGUAAAGAGCUAUGGGGAGAAUCUCACACCAGAGUUUUUCUGAGGACAUGCCUACUGUGCUCUGGGCGGCCUGAAGUAAUAGCAAUAGCAGGGUCACAGAUUUAAUAAUAGAUGACUGUUUUUUUGUUAUAGAAAAAGAGAGAACUAUUUAUAUAUGAGAAAUCUAGAGAGGAUUUUAUUCACUUUUUUGUAUAUAUAGCAUUGCUGUUAUAUUUUAGGGAAUUUUCUUUUCCUUGGCAUGUGAAAAAUAAAAUUAUCAGUUGUAUCAUCUGCUACAUUAUGAAUUCUUUGCUAUUAUUUCAAUAUUGUGCUGUAUCCAUAUAUUUUGGAAUAUUUUAAUGCAAAUUAUGGUGACUUGUUAAUUUAAUUUCUUUUUUUUUUAUUUUAUUUUUUUUAUGGAUUUUUUUUAUGUUCAAGUUUGUAACAUUCCAUAGUUAAUUAAUUAUGUAUAUUGUAUUUUUUUUUUUUUUUUUUUUCUUGCAUUUAUGCAUUUUGAAACAGAAAUAUGGUGAAAUAACAUACUUUCAGAUGAAGUUAAUAAUUUGUAAAAUAUAAUAAAUAAACUAAUUUCUCAGAAUUACAAUUAAUGCAGUGCAUUGUAACUCACUCCCUUUAACCCAAUGACUAUCAUGGUUCCCUUUUUCUUUCCUCAUCAUUCCUUUCCUUCUUUCUUUUUCCUUUCCCACACCUCCUCCUCCUCCUCCUCCUCCUCCUUGUCAAUAAAUUUAAGCUUGUAAUGAUUCUAAUCACUGGUGCACAAAAUUGUUUGCUGUUGGAACACACGUUUUUUUCUGAAAUAUUUGACUUUUUCCAAGUUAUUUCUAUUUGCCUGUUGUGUCUUUGUAUUCUUUCUUUAAGAUAUCACUUCUCCUUCGCUGUAGGACUCGACCUGUAUUCAGUUACAAAAGAGUGGAACGGAGACUUUCCUGAUGCAGGCCAAUAACAAUAUUGCCCGUGACCCCUCCAUUUUUGUGUGUUUCAAGAGUACAGAUGUGCAGAGCUAUGUCCUGCUUGCUCAAAUCAGUUUCAUUCAUUGAUUUAUGACAGUGAUUGAAGUCAGGUGACAUUGUUUGAAAAUGCGUUUGUGUGACAGGUGCUGUAUAGAUUGUACUUUGUAUGCACAUGGAAAAUGUUGGCAUUAGGAACACACAGGGAUCAGGAAUAGGAAAUGUUUUGUCAUAUAUUAUUAUCAUGGCGAUAAAGAGUAAUUGUAGCAAACUGAGCAAGAGGGGUGUCUUCAAGUGGUUCAGAAUUGGAAAAGUGAACAAGCAAAAGACAGAAGAGAUGGUGACUGCAAGCAAUUGAGAAUUUUAUUUGUAGAUAGAAGUGGAAUAUGAGUGGAUUAACACGGGUAAGUAUUUUAGAGAAUUCAAAGUGAAUGACAAGAUUUUAGGGCUAGCCUGGAAGUUUGUUGCUUACCAAGCCAAAAGUUAGUGAGAAAAUGCUGAGCAGAGAGUAGCUUCAGAGGGUCAUUGUUUAAAGAAAUAACUAAACAGAACAUAUCACAAAAGUUGUAGUUAGUAUUCUUAAGGAAGUAGUAGUUUUGCUAUGUUAACUCCCUCCCUGAAAGAAAUGCAAUUGUUGCUGAAAAGACUUCACGGAUAGUAGUAGUUCAGUAUCAGUUUAUAUGGGAAAGAUCGCCAAAAAUCAUUGCACAGAAGCUUAGUGUAUAAGUUUUUUGUUUUUUUUUCUGUAAAUUAAAGGAUUAGAAAAAUGUCAGCAUAUUGGUCACGCUUGAAGAUAAAAAUCCGACCAGUUUUAGAAACCAUUCUUGUUAAGGGAGACCAUAAAGAAAUAUAGUGGUUAGAUUUUAAAGGCCUUGGGAUUACAAAGUUCCUACCGAAUCAUACUACGAAAAUAAACACAUUUUGGUCUUGCUACAUCGAAUUACGUGCUUACAAAUGUGAAAUUAGUAUGCUAGUAUCUGUAAUUCUUGACUAAAGUUAGGCUACAAUUAACAGAUUUUAGUGGGGUAGACUCCAAUAGGUUCUCAAGUUCUUAACUUAAAUAUGACACAAGCAAAGUAAAUCUCUAAUGUCAGUAGUGUCUGGUGUGCAUGUAGUACUGAAAAGGAAUUAACAGUACAUAUUUUUCCCAUACUAAAUUCCAAGACCUAUUCUGGCAUGAUACAAAUAUUUAAAAUGUUAGUAAAAAAAAAAAUUGUCAAUAUGUUUUAGUUAUGUUACUUGUCAGCCAAAUCAUAAGCCUGAUAUUCUGUUAAAAUAAUUACUAGAAUUUUAUAAUAAUGCAAAUGAGAGAGGGUAAAGUUGACUUGCAGAUGAUGUUCUUCCAAAUGGUAAUGUUUCUCCUCCGCACACUUGUGUUCAAAAGGCCUAAUUACAAGAUUAAGAUAUUCUAUGGUCAAAUGAUGUUAUGUUUCUCUAUGUGAAUAAUUAACAUUAGGUUUCAAAGUACAUAUUAAUUUUAUCUGACUUUUAUGUAUAACAAAAGUAUGAAGAAAACCAACAUCGGCACAAGAGAAAGAGGUAAGACAAAGGAUAAGGUUUGUCGGGUCCAGUGGUGAGUCUAAGAGGUCUCAAAGGUGGGAUGGAAGUGGCUGUUGAAGUGUAACUAAGCACCAACACUGCAUGUCCAUCAGGGAUAAUGCUAGUGCAGGUAAACAUUGUCAGUUCACAUGUUGGGAAGGUACAUAGCAGUCAUUUGGAAAUGACACCAUCAGCAGGAAAAUCGUAGGCAAAAUGCCUUGGCCCAAUUUCCUGUGGGGACAGAAAACAUGUGGACCCUACAGUGGCUUAAGCCUGUCACUUGUGAUCUGCUUGAUCUGGUAACACUGCUUAGAAAGGGUGGGCUAUUCACUCAGCGGCCAGUGCCCACAUGGAUUCUUCCCUUUGACAUCUUAAUCAGAAUUAAGCCAGCCAGGCUGUCAUAACUUUCAUAAAGAAAAACAAAACACCUACAUGUACACAGGAAGAUUUCCAGAAAAUUAUUUGCACCCAUAAUUUCAGCCGACAUUUUGUACCCAAGUUUAGCACAAUCAUAUCAACGUUGUUACCCAAAUUAUUUUCAAAUUUUUGUAUAUCAUGUAUCACUCUGUUGCAGGGGGUGCAAUGGUCACUCCCAAGAAGCCCCUUCCCUACAGGAGGUUUGAGAGAUUGAGUAACCGAUUAUUGAAAGUCUGCCACGCUAGCUUUAAGUCAUUAGUCUAAAGAGAUAGCUAUAGAAAUGGUUCAUAUUAAGAUUUAUUAUACAUAGAAAGUAAGUCACCAAUUGUUUGGAUUUUUCAGUGAGUUUAGACAUGUAUGGUUGUGCCUUUAGAGAUGUCUAUGAAUGAAUGAAUUAUAAGCAAAUUUAUAUAUCGGAAUCUUUGUAUAUAGGUAAUUGGUAUGCUUUGGCAUCAGUUAAUUUUAGGAAAUAUGAUUGUCAUGGUUUUUAACACUUAAUAGAUUAUGACUAAAAACUAUUUUAAAACCUCAGUUUAUUAGCAAUGCUUAGUUUUCUUUCCCAAAAAGUGACAUAUGACUUUUAAAAACAGGCCUUUGUAUUAUUAUUUUCUUGCAUGUAAUAUACUUGAAAUGAACAGUCCAGUUAAACUAUGCAAUCCUUCAUACUAGACAGUAGACAAUCCUUUAAUAUCUUUAAGUAAAUAAAUUACAAUAAUAGUGUCGAUAUUAAGCAGCAGUGAAAUUUGAAUGAAAUUCACAAACGAAGACAAGGUCACUAAAUCUAAGAAUAAUAAUAUAGAAAGUGGUUGCAUUAGUUUGAAGCUUUGACAUCUCUAAUCAUAGUCUCUGUAAACUACUUGAGUAUUAACCCAAUGACUGCCGAAUUUUGUGCUGUCCCCUGUAGUUUGUUAAAUUUGGUUACGGACAGAUGGCUCCACAUGUCCUCAGCCACCAAGGAGUCUGCUUUUAUUUAUUUGAUUGAUUGUUUUUUUUUUUUUUUUUUUCCUGUGUCAACAUCUAAGGUCAUCAUUGGAAUAUUCAAAAUAUAGCAAAAGGGUGGGGCAUAGGGGCAAAGCACCUGGGUAAGAAAGUAUUUGGUUCAUAAGACAAUGUUCCUGCACUUCCAGAAUGGUUAAUGGUUAAAACAGGUAAUUUGCUAGACACAUACUAAGCCCAACCACAACAAUGAGCUAGGGAUUGGGGGCCAUGGAGUCUUAUCAGUAUGCCCUAGAGACCACGCUUGACUUCCCCAUUCCUUGAAUUUGUAGGAAAAUGUUUUUCUUUCAUACUGUUAAUAUUGAUGUUAUUAUUAUUUUUAUGAUCGUUAAAUUGCCAUUGAAAUAUUAAAUAACAUACAACAAAAUAAUAAAAAUUAAGCUUUUCAAAAAUCUGAGAAAAGGGUAAGCAAGUGAGAUAGGCAGGACUAACAACCAACUCCUUGGUGACUAAGCAAUUAUAGAGCCAUCUAUGUGUAAAGACAAUUGAUGAACUUAUAGUACAGUGGGCAUGGCAUAUAUUCUUGCCAUUUGCACCGAAUGGGUUAAUUAAUUUGUACGAGAUGUUGAAGUAAAAGCAGGACACACAACAGAUAUUUUAAAAGGAAUAUAUGUCAAAUACAACAGAAUUCUUUUUAUUCUGUUAUACCACUGGGAAAAUUCUUAUUCAACCCUUUACAACUGUUGAACACAGUUAUGCCAUAUUGAACUCUAUGGUUUACAUACUGGCUACUGCCAGUCAAAACUGCCCAACUUUCUACUCAGCAGUAUGGACAUCAUUUACAGGUAAUGGCCACCAGACUUUGCCCCUCUGAGGACAGUACCUGAUAGUGAGGACAUGGACACACAAGGGAUAUUGCUUCCAUGCAUUAUGUCACCAAAUCACAAUCCAAGGUGGGCAGAGGUGAUGAUGUCAGGCAGGGAACCAUUAAGAAAAUAUAUAUAUAUAUAUAUAUAUAUAUACCUGCUCUUCUGGUCUCCCAUGGACAAAACACAUGCCAAAUUGAUCACCCAGGAACUACUCAGUAUGGCAACAGCAAAAUCAACUCCCUACAUCAUCUUAAGUACCUGUGCCCACAUGGGUACUGUCACUCUAAAAGCCUAGCCACAAGCAGGCAUAGUAGCAGUCAUCUGUAUAGGCAGGUCACAGAUGAGAAAACAGCAGGGAAAUGCAUGGUUAGGAAGUCUUUUUGCCUGCCUGUGAACUCAAGUGCUCAGGUCAACCCUUUGUCAGUAUCACACAUGCUCAUGUGAACAGAACUUUAGAUGUAAUAAGACUGGGCUGAUUCUGAACCAAGGGUUUGUUAACUCAUAGAUCUAAAUUGCUAAUUCAUAGAUCUAAUAUUCACUCAUUAAAAAAUUAAGGAACCAAAUUUACUGCUAUGUUCUACAGAAUAGUUUGACACCUGCAAUCACAAGGUGGCGAUUGCAGAAUACAUCUCGGAUAUAAUUUGAUAUCGACUUAAAUGCUACAUUUCAUAAUAUUGGCGAAUACUUUUUUCACUUGUCAAUACUUUGUGUAGCAAAUGUUCAACUUUGAAAUGGCAACUUUGUAAUUUCAGUUAAUAAAGCCCUUUUUCAGUA